AUGGUGUCGGUGGCCAUCGCGCUGGCGUUCGUGCCGCUGGUGCUGGCGCUGGCGCUGCGCUCGCGGCACUGGGUGGUGCUGGUGGCGCGGGUGGCGCUGGGCUGGCUGCGGGACAGGCUCAGCUCUGUGCCACGGGAGCACCGCGCGCUCCAGUACCUGCUGACGCACGCGGUGCCCGGAGACCCCAGGCACGUGCUGCUCACCCUGGACCAGUGGAGCCGGCGCUGCGAGCACCUCAGCUGCGUGGGGCCUGAGAAAGGGCGGGUGGUGGAGCGGGUGCUGAGCGCACGGAGCCCGCAGCGGGUGCUGGAGCUGGGCACAUCCUGCGGGUACGGAGCGGUGCUGCUGGCGCGGGCACUGCCGCCCGGAGCGCGGCUGCUGACGGUGGAGCGGGACCCGCAGAGAGCGGCUAUGGCGGAGAAGGUCAUCCGGCUGGCGGGGUUCGAUGAGCGCACUGUGCAGCUGAUCGUGGGCCCCUCGGAGGAGGUGAUCCCACAGCUGCGCUCCCGGCACCGCAUGGACACCACUGACUUCAUCCUGAUGGAGCACGGCAAGAGCUGCUACGAGCGCGACCUGCGGCUGCUGGAGCGGCACCGGCUGCUGGCGCCGGGAGCCACCGUCAUGGCUGACCACGUGCUGGUGCCGGGAGCGCCGCGGUUCCUGCGCUACGCACGCGGCUCCGGCCGCUUCCGCUGCCGACUGCACAGAGCCACCCUCGAGUACUGCCAGGGCAUCACUGAUGGCAUCGCUGAGCUGCGGUACACCGGCAGGGAUGCAGGGAACGUGGUUGGAACACAGAGGGAAUGUGGUGGGAACACACUGGGAAUGGGGUAG